CAGCAUGUAACUUCCUGUUCCGGAGCAGGGUGAAGGUCGCGAAGCCGGUGUGUGCUUCACAUCAUGGAGGCUGUGGGAGACCCCGAGCUGCAGAGGUUCAUUGAAGCGGAGACUCAGAAACAGCGAUUCCAGGGUCUGGUUCAUCAGCUCACCGACCUCUGCUGGGAGAAGUGUAUGGAGAAGCCAGGACCCAAGAUGGAUGCCAGAUGUGAAAGUUGUUUCAUAAACUGUGUUGAGAGAUUCAUAGACACCAAUCAAUUUAUCCUCAACCGGUUGGAACAGACACAAAAAUCUAGAGGAGCUUUUUCUGAGAACCUGACUGACUAAGGAGAGAUUGUUGCCUAACUGAGCUGACCUUCUGCUAUAGAAUAUUACUCUGAAUAUGUUGGAAGCCCUCUUCAAAACCUUACCUUAAUGACAAAGGAUACAUUCAGAGGAAACUUAUCAAACAAGGAUGACUAUUUCUUAAAAUGUGCAACAUGUCAUUAUCUGCUCCAAAGUGUGGUCUGGCUCUUAGAAUAGAAUCGUAGAUGUCCCUGAAACAUGAAGUCCAGCUGCGGAACAAAACAACCUGUACAGAAUUGUACGUCUCAAUUCUUUGUUGAAAAUUUCUUGACUAAACAAUAAAUGAUGGAGUGAUGUAUUAGGCAAAGUGUUUUUACAUAGGGCUGCAUUAUUGUAAAAUUAAAACCUACUACUUACAUUGUUGGUAAGAGAAGAGCCUCUGAAUAAAUAUAAUUUCCUGUAUACCAUUAA